AUGGUGAAGAGAUUGAGCACGCUCCAAAUUCAGUACGUUAGUGGGCCAUUCUCAAAGGUCUACGAACAAUGGUAUCCAGGCAACGGUGGCAACCCCGAAGUUGUUACGCUGAAGUCAGGAUGUAAAGCAUUCUGGGUAGGCGACUACAAAACUGCCAAAUACAUUGCAGUGUAUUACCAUGGCGGCGGAUUCUCCCUCGACGGCGACGAUAGUCAUCUCAAAUUUUGGCACUCUGUCCAGACGGAGCUGAAAGCCAACAACAUUCCCGUCGCCUUCUUCUUCCUUGAGUACACUCUUGUACCUCACGCGACCUAUCCGACCCAGGUUAUUGAAGCCAUCGAGGCGGUAGAUUAUGUCGUGACCGAGCUCAAACGACCAGCGUCUGAUAUUAUCCUUGCUGGCGAUUCUGCCGGCGGCAACUUGUGCCUUGCGGUUUUAUCACAAGUCAUGCAUCCUUCUUCUGAGCUCCCGGAGCUUAAGCUGGCCCAUGACGAAAAAUUCAAGGCUCUUGUUCUCGUUGCUCCGUGGAUAUCUUUCCGGAUGGAUUGGCCUAGUGUCAAACGCAAUGCCAACAAAGACAUUGUUACUGAAUAUGCCGGACACAAGUGGUCACACAGCUAUCUUGCCGGGAAAGAAACGAGCCCAUACGCUGAGGCCUUGCUUGCACCAGCGGAUUGGUGGAAGAACUCCAAAGCUGAACAAUUGCUUGCCGUUGCAGGAACGGAUGAGACAUUGAUUGAUUCCAUCAAUGCAUGGGUGGACAAGUACAAGUCUGUCAACCCGGACACCACUACGUAUGUGGUAGGCUCACACGAAGCACAUAUCGCCGCGAUCAUGAACUUAAAGUUUGGCAAUACCACGGAGAUUGAAACAGGAAAAGCGAUCAGGUCAUGGUUGAAAGCAAAGCUGUGA